CUUAAACUGGAACCGGAUCAAGGACGUUUGGGUUCGUAUUAAACUUGCCCUGGCCGGCACCUGAGCUCAAGAGAUGGCGUCUGCGAAUACUUUGUGUCAAGGCGGGGAGAGCAAAGGAGGUGUUCUAGCUCACCUGGAAAGACUAGAGGCUCAAAUGAACAGAUCAAGGAAAAAGUUUGAAGAUCCGACAGUUCACACAAAGGAAAGUUCUCUUAGAACCAGGAUUCAGGAACUGCGGAAGCAGCGAGAAGAGCUGAGGGCUGAAGUGAAGCGGCGGCGGCAAGCUAGAGUUAAAGCAUCUUUGGCCAGUGAAGACCCAAACAGCACAGUAGAGACCAGUGAGCAAGAGGCCUUGGAAAGGCAGUGGGGGAACAUGAAAGCCAUUCUGCAGGCCUAUCGUUUUACAGGACUCAGCGGGAAGCUGACCAGCCGUGGAGUGUGUAUGUGCAUCAGCACUGCCUUUGAGGGGAAGCUACUGGAUUCCUACUUUGUAGACCUCAUCAUAGAGAAACCGCUUCGGAUUCAUCACCACUCCAUCCCAGUCUUCAUCCCUCUAGAAAAGAUAGCCAGAGCAUACCUACAGACUGACAUCCAGCACUUCCUGUUUAGUCUCUGCGAGUACCUAAACGCCUACUCGGGGAGGAAGUACCAGAUAGACCAACUUGAGACGGACUUCAGCGCCUUCCUCACUGGACCUCUGCAGAGAAACGCCCUGUGCAACUUGCUGUCGUUUACCUAUAAAGUGAAUCAGGGGCGCCAGACCUCCUCCUUUAGUGCCAGACUGCUGUAUGAGGACCUGACAGCAACUCUUCCCACGGAUGUCACUGUGACGUGCCCAGGGACAGAAGCGCCACCCCUUCACUGGGAAGAGCACAGAGCAUCCCAUGACAUGCUCUUCCGCACCAAGCCCCUGCACAAGGUGUUUGCUUCAUUUUCAAAAGAAGUUGAAGAGCUAGAUUUGAGCCUGGUCUCCUGGGAAAGACUACCUGGGACACAUCUGAAGUGAUUAUAUUCAUGCUGCCUGCAGUCCAGGACCUGUCAGCAAAAGCUGUGGAGAGAGAACGCUUGCCUGGAUACCAUCCUUGUCAUGAUUCUAGAUGCCCAUGCCGUCAGGAUGACAAGGAGUUUGUUGUGCGUGUCUGUAGACACCGGGCGAUUUGGACAGGUCCUUGGUUGCCUGGUCACUCAGUACAGUGCUCCAGAGCAUCUCUUCCUCCACAGGUGGCAGCUGAUUUGAUCGUAUGUAUGUAUUCUCGCUGAAAAUCAGCUAAAUUGGGAGUAAUUAAAGACAU